GGGGGCCAGAGGGGAGUCCAGGGGAUCGCUCUCUCCGCCCCCUGCGCUCCGGCCAGACACACCCGCCCCCUCUGUCCCUCUCCACCCCGACCGGGGGCACGGAGUUGGCGGGAGCCUAUAAAAGCCCCUGGCGGAGCCGGCGCCACCGUCCUGCAGGAGCGGCCAGAGCAGCCCAGGCACAAAGUGCUGAGACCCCGCGCCGAGAGCAUGGCCCACCAAUCGUGUCAGUGGGGCUAUGACAGUGACAACGGACCUGAGCACUGGCACAAAUAUUACCCUAUUGCCAAAGGAGAGAAUCAGUCACCUAUUGAAAUCAAUAUCAAAGAUGUCCAUUAUGAACCCUCUCUUCUGCCUUGGUUUGUUGGAUAUGAUCCUGUCGGAGCUAGGGCCAUAGUGAACAAUGGGAGAACCUGCAAAGUUGUGUUUGAUGACACUUUCGAUAGAUCAGUGCUGAGAAGUGGACCACUCCCAGGUAUCUACAGACUGCGUCAACUUCACUUUCAUUGGGGUUCUUCUAAUGACCAUGGCUCUGAGCACAUUGUGGAUGGAAUGAAAUAUGCGGGAGAGCUUCAUUUGAUACAUUGGUAUUCAAAAUACAGUAAUUACGCCGAAGCUUUGAGAAAUUAUGAUGGUGUGGCUAUUUUGGGCAUUUUUCUGCAAGUAGGAAAAACUCCCAAACCAGAGAUGAAGAGAAUUCUUGAAGAAAUAAAUGGUAUUAAAACAAAGGGAAAAGAGGCUCCUUUUUCAAACUUUGAUCCAUCAAUUCUUUUUCCUAAAUCUUGGGACUAUUGGACCUACCAUGGCUCCCUCACUGAACCUCCUUGUGAUGAGUGUGUUACCUGGAUUCUUUUGAGGGAACCUAUUAUUGUCAGCCCAGACCAGAUGGCAAAGCUCCGUAGCCUUUCCAUCAAUGCUGAGACAGAACCUGUUUGCCCCAUGGUGGACAACUGGCGCCCUCCUCAGCCUCGGCAUUUCAGGAUGGUGAGAGCCUCGUUCCAAUAA